GCUAAUUAACUUUUGAAAACUACUAUCUACUUUGGACUAAUCCUAUACAAGAAACUAUGGAUUGAUUACUUAAGUAUCACACUAGCUAAUACCUCCUCUAUAUAAACUAUGGUUUGUGUGACACACGACCAUACAUUAAAUCUAAUCCAAACUCAGCAAAAAUAAACAGCAGAAUAAGAAUGGAGAAAUUACUCGUAAUCUCUCUAGUACUACUGAUCUCAGCAUCAGUUACAACUUCACAAUCCGUGACCGAUCCUAUAGCUUUCCUCCGAUGUCUGGAUCGACAACCAGCGGACGCAACAAGUCCCAACUCGGCAGUCGCUUACAUCCCAACAAACUCAUCUUUCACAAUCGUCCUUCGCCGCCGCAUACCUAACCUCCGUUUCGACAAAUCCACCACUCCAAAACCCAUCUCCGUCGUCGCUGCAGCCACGUGGACACACAUACAAGCUGCUCUAGGAUGUGCACGUGAGCGCUCUCUCCAAGUCAGGAUACGAAGCGGUGGCCAUGACUUCGAAGGACUCUCUUACACCUCCACCGUCCCUUUCUUUGUCCUCGACAUGUUUAGUUUCAAAUCCGUGGACGUCAAUCUCACAGAGAGAACGGCUUGGGUAGACUCCGGCGCCACUAUAGGAGAGCUUUAUUACAGAAUCGCUGAGAAGAGCAAUGUUCUUGGAUUCCCGGCGGGAUUGUCCACGACAUUGGGCGUUGGUGGACAUUUUAGCGGCGGAGGAUACGGAAACCUGAUGAGAAAGUAUGGUUUGUCGGUGGAUAACGUUGUUGGUUCCGGGAUCGUUGAUUCGAACGGGAACAUCUUCACCGAUCGGGUUUCCAUGGGAGAAGACCGUUUUUGGGCGAUUCGAGGGGGUGGGGGUGCAAGUUUUGGUGUUGUGCUAGGCUACAAGAUCCAGCUAGUUCCGGUGCCGGAUAAAGUGACGGUCUUUAAAGUCGGGAAGACAGUCGGAGAAGGAGCCGUUGAUCUUAUAUUGAAGUGGCAGAGUUUUGCACCUAGUACGGAUCGGAAUUUGUUUGUGAGGCUGACGUUGACUUUGGUCAACGGUACGAAGCCUGGUGAGAAGACGGUUUUGGCUUCGUUUAUUGGGAUGUAUUUAGGCCCAUCGGAUAAGCUGUUGAGCUUGAUGAACCGGGGUUUCCCGGAAUUAAAGCUGAAGAAAACCGAUUGUACCGAGAUGAGAUGGAUCGAUUCGGUUUUGUUUUGGGCUGAUUAUCCCAUUGGUACACCGACUUCCGUGUUGCUAAACCCGACGGUUGCCAAGAAGUUGUUCAUGAAGCGGAAAUCGGACUAUGUGAAAAGUCCGAUUUCGAGAACCGGUCUUGGUUUGAUACUCAAGAAAUUGGUAGAGGUUGAGAAAGUUGAAAUGAAUUGGAAUCCAUACGGAGGAAGAAUGGGGGAGAUCCCGAGUUUGCGGACACCUUUCCCACAUAGAGCAGGCAAUUUGUUUAACAUUGAGUACCUUAUAGAUUGGUCGGAAGCUGGAGAUAACGUGGAGAGGAAAUAUUUGGCACUAGCAAAUGAGAUGUAUAGAUUCAUGACUCCGUACGUGUCUAGUAAUCCGAGGGAGGCGUUUUUGAAUUACCGUGAUCUUGACAUAGGGUCAAGUAUUAAUUCCACGUACCAGGAAGGGAAAAUCUAUGGGGUUAAAUACUUCAAAAACAAUUUCGAGAGACUAGUUGAUAUUAAGACCACGAUCGAUGCGGAAAACUUUUGGAGAAACGAACAAGGCAUUCCGGUUCGAACAUAAUCAAUACCAUAAGAAUGUUGUAAGCUGUGACAUGUAUCAAGGCUUGGAAAGAAAAAAUGAAUGUAUUAAAACUGUCUAGUUCAAUAUAUUAUUAUUGAGUGCA